CCGUGCAGCCGAAAACUCGUCACAAUUAAUCGUUACGAUAUCGUAACGUGCGGAGCGGUAUGAUACGAUUAUUUGACAUGCCACGUACGUGUUCGUCUUCGUAUAAAACAGUGUACUUUUGAGAAUUGUAUUUAUGAAUACAACUUCGGUAUGCAUAAUAAAGUGAACAACGCCGUCUGUCUUGAGAUAUGAGAUCGAAAUUCCAAUGACAUCGUGCUGUUUAUUUUCGACGAAUAUCAAUAUGCUUAAAUCAAAAGGAUCGUGAAAAUAAAAGAGUUUAUUUUGAUCUUCAUUCAAAAGUAAUUUUAGGCUUAGCUCUCAAAAUGGAGGGAACUUCUGAAGGUGAUGAGCCGUUUAUCUACCGCCUGAAUGAUAAUGGAACUGGACCGAACCUCGUAGUAAAGGUUUGCGCAGAACGUGGCUGGAGAAUGUAUCAAGGAUAUAACGGCAGUGAAGAGAAGUGGAAUAUUUGGUGGAGAUCAAGCGCAUUUCCCGCUGCCUGCUACAAAACCCUCGGAGAUUGGCAGUUUAUGAACCACAUACCGAAGGGCGGUUCAAUUUGUCGGAAAGAUAAUCUGUCUAGACUGCUUCGUUGUAUGCGAAGAAUAUACGGAACCAUUUAUGAUUUUACGCCUCCUUGCUAUCAUUUACCGCUCGAGUACGCUAAGCUGGUUUCCGAAUGCUCAAGACUUCGUCGAGAUGAAGGUGUUGCUGGGUCCAGCGUCGUUUGGAUCUUCAAGCCGGUGGCACAGAGUCAAGGCAGAGGAAUAUUCCUGUUUCGGAGCGUUUGCGAGAUGAGCUGUGGUACGGCGGCGGUGGUGCAGCGAUAUAUCGAACGGCCAUUACUGAUCGCCGGGUACAAGUUCGAUCUCAGACUGUACGUGUGCGUGCCCAGUUACAGACCGCUUACAGCGUACCUAUAUGCCGAAGGACUCGCGAGAUUUGGAACGGAUAAAUACACAUUAUCAGAUAUUCACAAUCCGUAUAGGCAUCUAACGAAUUCGUCAUUGAAUAAAACCGGACCUCGCUUCGCCGAAUGUAAAGAUAGGAUUGGCAACGGUUGUAAAUGGACAUUAAAGCAAGUACGAAGAGCAUUAAUAGGACGAUGGGGUGCCGCAGAAUGGUUGGUUUGGCAGAGGAUACGAGCGCUGGUGACCCUCACUUUAUUAGCGCAGGCGGCUGGUACUCCUCCAGCUAGGAACUGCUUCGAGUUCUAUGGAUUCGAUGUCCUGCUUGAUGACAGCCUGAAACCUUGGCUCUUGGAGGUCAAUCUUUCACCCGCACUCGGUACCAACUGUGAAGCAGAUAUAAUCGUGAAACAGCCGAUGCUACACGAACUGUUUGAUCUUCUUGGUUUGCCCAUGAAACACACUGGCUUAUCGCAAUUACAAGGUCCACCUAAUACCCAAGUUACAAGUUGUAGUUCAGAGGACGAGAGCGGUACAUCAAAGCCUGUUCGGACAGGAGGCGCGCGGCGUGGACUCCGAUGGAGACGACGCAGGACUUUACCUGUACAUUGCGUUAACUUACAAGCCCCGACAAAUGAAAAGCUAACGGAUACGCCUGGAGAUGGAACCGUUGGAAGACAAUUUAAAAUAUCAUCCGAUAUUUCCACAGAUAGCACUGACUUACAGUCAACUUCGAGUAUGGCCACACAAUCGGCGGAUAAUGCAGACGAAACGUGGCGCGGUGGGUACGCGACGGUUGCGACGCGAAGGAAGAUAAUGAACGCUUGCAGCUGGGGUAACGGCGUGCGGUGGGAUCGAGCUGUGGGGAGAGUGGGUCAAUGGGUGCGAAUAUAUCCACAUUUACUACCUAAUGAAGACCAAGUCCCGAUGGAGGAUGCCCGUGAAAGUGUCGCGCACGUUUCCAAAUUCAUUCGGGCAGCGCGUGAAGUGAGCCGUGAUAGCGGAGGCGAUGCCGCUAUCCGCGAUUCAGCGCGUGACUCUGUUUUCGAGGCCGCACUCCGAAGGAAGCUACAGUAUGGCGCGCAUUUUGAAGUGUGGCAUCCGCCAUUUUGAUGUGAUUAAUGUUUUAAAAUAAAAAUAAUGUAUGUAUAAUAAUUUAAUGUACACAGAAAAUUACAUGUGUUAAU